UGCGUAGAAAGCGACGAUGAUGAGGAGCUGCUCUUCAACAUCCCGUUUACGGGCAACGUGAAAUUAAAAGGAGUCAUUGUGAUGGGCGAGGACGACGGUUCGCAUCCGGCAGAGAUGAGACUGUUCAGGAACAUUCCUCACAUGUCCUUUGAUGACACAGCCAGGGAACCGGACCAGACGUUCAGCCUGAACCGGGAUCCGACGGGCGAGCUGGAGUACCCCACCAAAAUUGCCCGUUUCUCCAAUGUUUACCACCUCUCCAUGCACUUCCCGAAGAACUUUGGAGCAGAGACAACCAAGAUAUUUUAUAUAGGCCUGAAAGGAGAGUGGACAGAGGCUCAUCGCCACCAAGUCACCAUCUGCAAUUACGAGGCAUCAGCAAACCCAGCUGAUCACAAGUUGGAACAAAUCACCCCACAGACUCAGUUCAUCUCCUAA